AUGGGAACCUGCCAAAUAAAAUUCCAAGAAUUAAAAGAUGCCCUGAUAAUUUGCCACUCAAGAGAAAAAUUCGAUAGCAUGAAGAAAAAUCCUGAUUCCUUGUUAAAGACAAUUGUUAUUGAAUCAAAGCUGCUAUCACCUGAAAAAGAUCCAGAGUUCAAACACAUCCAAACUUUUUUUGAACUUCACAGGAAUAAAAUCCAUAAUGAGGUUGCCCACUAUUACCAAAAGAUCAUCAGCAAUAAUGAAAAAGAAAUAUCUGAGGUCAGUUUUAAAUGUCACCCAUUGAGAACAAAGCAAACCAAAUAUCUCAGUUUACUGCUUCCUUAUUGUCUCCAUAUAGCUCAUUUAAAUCUAUGAAAUGUUGAGCUUGGAAAUAAUGGAACCAGGUAUGUAACAAAGGUGCUCCAUAAUGUACCAAGCUUAAUCGAGCUCAGUCUCGAGGAAAAUAAUAUUGAUGAGGAAGGGAUUGAAUAUUUAGCAAAAGGAUUGGACACUUUGAAAGCUUUGAAAGUUAUUUCUAUCAGCAGGAAUAAAAUUGGGCUGAAAGGAGCUCUGGGGUUGGCAUCUGCGUUUGGAUCUUUGCGUAAGUUAGAGAGCGUAUAUUUAGAUAGCACUGAAAUGACUUCUUAUCAACUUCAGAUAAUCACUCAAGGACUCCUAUGUCUAAUUGACCUCAAAAAGUUGGGCCUGUCCUUCAACUUAAUUGACAACUCUGGUGUUACCGUGCUUAGAAAACUUUUUGACAAUCUUAAAGCUCUUUUUGAAGCAAAUUUAAUAGGAAAUGAUAUAAGCGAAAUAGAAAUAGAGCCUCUGCUGCAAGAUUAUAUACAUAUAAACAUAAGUGUAUGAAGUAGAUAG